CGGCAAAAAUAAAAGUACUCGUACAGAUUGGCGAAUCCUAUAGAUACAAACAAACCUAUAGAUACACACAAUCACCGGAAACCCAGAACCAAAAAAACCAAAAAAGCCAAAAAAACAUCAACCCCGGCAUAAUAUGGCCGGAAGAAAUCACAUCCCACCGGAAUCUCUCAACAGUCGUCGUCAAUCAUCACCCCCACGUCAUCAAACCCACCGUCCAAUAAUAACCCACGAAAUCCAAACACUAUUAUCCGACAACCAGCGACUAGCAGCAGCACACGUGGCACUAAAGCAAGAACUAGCUGUGGCAUUACAAGACCUACGUCACUUUUCAUCAGCAGCAGCAAAUAUAAAGGCAGAAAGAGAGGCAGAAGUGAGGGAAGUUUUCGAAAAAGCGAUAAAGAUGGAAAGUGAAGUCAGGAUUAUUGAUGAGAUGAAAAGUGAUUUGGGUGUUGUUAAGAGUGAUAUAAUUAAGCUGCUUGAUGAGAGGAAAGAAUUGAAUGAAAAAUUGGAACUUGUUGUUGGAGAAAUUGGGAAAGAAAAAGCUAAUGGGAGUCGGGUUUUGGAGAUUCGAGAAGAGAUUGAUUCGAUGCGUAAUGAGGUUCAAAAGGGAAAGGCUGCGAUUGAGUAUGAAAAAAAGGUGUAUGCCAGUAACAUUGAACAAAACCAAGCAAUGGAAAAAAGUAAGAUUUCUAUGACCCAUGAAAUCGAGAAGCUAAAAGCUGAACUUGCUAAUGCAGAGAAGAAAGUAAUGGCAGUUGCUGCUGCGGCUGCAACAAAUACUCCAGGAACCACAUAUGCCGCAGGAUUUGUGAACCGUGAUAUGGGUUAUGGUGGAAAUGCAUAUCCUACCCCAUACGCUGGACAUCAGGUUCCACAAUAUGGGUCUGGACCUGUACCCCCGGGUAUGUAUGGCAUGCAACCUGGUAUAGUUGAUCCGCAGUAUGUACCUGCAGUUGUACCUCACGUUCCAUAUGACAUGCAACAUCCAAAUGCACAUGGAUGAAAUUUGUUUUCACACUUGAAACAAGCGGUGAUGUUUUUCAUUUAUUCAGUUUUAGGGUUCGGAAAACAUCUCGAGCACUAUUCAAUUUUUUAUGAUGUAUAAUAAUUUCUAGGGCUUCCGUGUUGCAUAAACUGUAUUAAGGUUUAUGUAUAGAAGAUGCAUAUCCAAUAAGAAGCAAAAUGGGUCUGCAUCUAGCAAAAAUGUAAAAGAAAUAAACUUGUGUAGGAAAUAACAAUAAUGAUCUCUUUUUUUUUUUCUCAACUAAAUCAAAUUCCUGUUUGAAAUU